UAGUACUACCACUGAGAGAAACGAGCAUCUCUGCACCUACACUCAACUAAAAACUAAGAUCAUGGCUGGAAAGCUCAACGUUCUCUCACACCCUAUCGUGAAUGCAAGACUUUCUCAACUCAGACAGACAAGCACUAGCUCCAAGGAUUUCCGAGAGGGAAUCCAUGAUAUCAGUUUGAUCUUGGGCCUAGAGGCAUCUCGAAAUCUUGAGGAGGAUAAGUUUCUUGGUGAAACACCUAUAGGGCCAUUUACGGGUACUGUAAUCAAGCCAAAGGUGGGCCUGACACCCAUUCUGCGGGCAGGUUUAGGAAUGACUGAGGCCUUGCUGAAUCUGUUCCCGACAGCCCCAGUUUAUCAUCUUGGCCUAUUCCGGGAGAAAGUAAGCUUGCAGCCAGUCGAAUAUUAUUCCAAGCUCCCGUCUGAGCCACCGAUAGAUUUAUGUUUCCUUCUAGAUCCCUUAAUAGCCACGGGCGGAACGGCUUGUGCUGCUCUUAGCAUGAUCGUAGACUGGGGUCUUCCGAUAUCUAACAUCAAACUCUUGUGCGUUCUUGGCUCUGAAGAAGGUCUUAAGCACGUGCAAGCUGAGUUUCCCGGACUUGAGAUAUGGGUGGCUGCUGUAGAUGCUCACCUCACUGCUGAUGGUUUGAUAUCUCCUGGUCUGGGUGAUACAGGAGACCGUCUGUUCCACACCAUCCGAGAGUAGAGCAAGGAGAAUAGUUGUAUUACCACUUUUUUUUCGUGUCAAGGUGUACAUUUCAAUUUCAUAUGUAUUGGAUAGACUCACUUAUAAAGCUUGCAUUGAUCU